ACGUACGCCUCUUUGCAGCGCAGGCGCACUGGUGUGUUAGCGGUAGGCUGAGGUGUACUUCAGUGUGGCGAGUUUACAGCGGUAUUUUAACACUUAUUUAGGGAUAAAAAGCGACUCGUCAGACUUCAGGAUGAUCCGGAUAGCUGCGUUUUUGACGAUACUGGUGGUUGCCUGUUCGGGGGAGAGCUGCAAAGACCCAGUGAUCACCCCGUCGGCCUACACGACCUCUGACGCUGUCAUCUCUUCGGAGUCUGUCUUCAUCGUGGAGCUCAGCCUGACCUGCGCUAACGGAGCCCAGAGCGUCACUCUGUAUGCUGAUGUCAAUGGAAGACAGUUCCCUGUGACCAGAGGUCAGGAUGUUGGAAAAUACCAGGUGUCCUGGAGUCUUCCCCACAAACAGGCCAGCUCAGGAACGUAUCAGGUCAAAUUCUUUGACGAGGAGUCCUACAGCGCCCUCCGAAAGGCACAGAGAAACAAUGAGGACGUGAAUGCGAUUCAGCCUCUCUUCACCGUCAACAUUGACCACCGGGGUGCCUGGAGCGGCCCCUGGGUGUCGACUGAGGUUGUGGCUGGCCUGAUUGGCAUCCUGGUCUAUUACAUGGCCUUCAGUGCCAAGAGCACCAUCCAAGCAUAACACGAUCCGCAGUCGCUUGCCUGUGACUACCGGAUCUUUGAAAAAGACUGAAUUCUGGCGGAGCUGGAUCAACUAAUCCAUCACCAUCGCUGCAGCCGAACCAACAGGCUUCUGCCGCUUUCUGCUUCCGGGAAACGAGCAGAGGUUGCAGUCUUUAUUUCUUUUUUUUUUUUUUUUAGCAUCAAAUCAGAUUAAUCUGAACAAACAUUAAACAUGCUCUGUAUUCAGACCAGUUUAAAACCCCUUGAUUGAUCCACACCAGAACUGUCUUCUGAGUGGGCGAACUGGUCAGAGUGGGACGUGUGCAGACGGUUUGAACGCCGGUCGAGUUGAGCUUUCCACGAACAUGAAAUGUCAACAGAGUGAGAGCGCCGACUGGUCAGAACAGGCCUUUUGUAGACGCGUCUCUUCCUGGAAUAUUAAUAAAUGGCUUCUUGUUA